UCACAAGACUCCUAGAAAAUAAUUUUAUUAGAGCAAACCAUUAAUAAAUUUUUUGGACCACCAAAUCCAGGACCAUUCGAUCCAACCCAACCGAACUCAACCAAAAGCAUCUAUCCCGCCUAUUCAAAUCCGUAAGCACAAAAUUACAUAACGCGAGUCGCGAGCAAAUGAGCCAAAAAUGGCUCUGGCGUUGCCUUCAGCUUCUUCUUCUGUCGAAAUCCCCAUUACAGGUAAAUGGAAAAGUUGCAGAUUGAUUAACUGCGUUUUGGAUAGCAAAAGGAGAGGUCGAUUUCAAGCCAGUUCUUGUGUUGCAAUGUGUACGUCGUCGUCUUCAAUUUCGAUGUCGAAGAAGCUGGUGUGGAUAUGGACUGAGAACAAGCAAGUCAUGACGGCCUCUGUGGAGAGAGGAUGGAACACUUUCGUCUUCUCUUCUCAUCGUAGAGACCUUGCCGAUGAGUGGUCUUCAAUUGCGAUGAUUUAUCCACUCUUUAUUGAAGAGGGACAGCUUUUUGAUAGUGAACAUAGAAGAGUUGCUACAUUCUCUGAAAUUUCUUCUCCAGAACAAUUAAAGCAGCUCCAACCAGAGGAUGAGCAGGCACAAAAUGUCAUUGUUAAUCUACUAGAUUGGCAGGUGAUACCUGCAGAGAAUAUUGUUGUAGCAUUCCAAAGUAGUCAAAAAACAGUAUUUGCCAUCUCUAAGACUCCUUCUGAAGCACAAAUUUUCCUGGAGGCCUUGGAGAUGGGUCUGGGUGGAGUUCUUUUGAAAGUUGAGGAUGUCAAAGCAGUCCUUGAGCUGAAGGACUAUUUGGACAGAAGAAAUGAAGUGAACAAUCUAUUGGGCUUGACUAAAGCAACGAUAACUCUAGUUCAAAUGGUUGGAAUGGGUGAUCGAGUCUGUGUGGACCUCUGUAGCCUCAUGAGACCUGGCGAAGGACUUCUGGUUGGAUCUUUUGCUAGAGGGCUAUUCCUUGUUCACUCGGAAUGCUUGGAAUCAAAUUACAUUUCCAGCAGGCCUUUUCGAGUCAAUGCGGGGCCGGUACAUGCCUAUGUUGCUGUUCCAGGAGGAAAGACUUCCUACCUUUCAGAGUUAAAAGCAGGGAAAGAGGUAAUUGUGGUUGAUCAAAGUGGUGUGCAACGGACAGCAACUGUGGGCCGUGUAAAGAUAGAGACCAGACCGUUAAUCCUUGUGGAGGCACAGAGAGAUUCAGAUGGUCACACUCCUUACAGCAUCAUUCUACAAAAUGCAGAAACAGUUGCCCUAGUCUGUCCCCACCAAGGAAAUGGACAUAAAAUGAUGGCCAUUCCAGUAACGUCACUCAAAGUUGGCGACGAGGUUCUUCUGAGAGUACAAGGAGGUGCUCGACACACGGGAAUUGAGAUCCAAGAAUUCAUUGUUGAGAAAUGAACACGAUUUGUAUCCUAUAGAACUGGUUUGUCAUUAUCACACGGUGACAUGUUCAUUGUCAUAUGUUGCUGAGUUUCAACCUAUGGACCUUAGAGAUGGCAAUUAAUGUGAUGUUGAAGAAGAUUGUGAUCUGUCUAGGACCAUCCCCGUCACAUUUGAGAAACCAAAUCAAAUCAGUUACCCUAUGCAAGUGUGGCUACUGUUGUAUUAUUUGUGAUACUACGGUCAAUAAUGAAGAAUUUCUGGUGAUUCUGAUCC